CUGGAUAAUAGGCUAGUAGUCUCCUACUACCGGCCUUUGCUCUUUCAAUGUUCUAUGUUCGUCUGGGUUAGAGUCAGAAUUGUCGACAUUUUGGAGUUUAAGUUUGCUGUUUGCCUGUGGUCGCAACCAAAUACCUCAGACUGGAUCCAUCAUAUCGAGGAAGGAAGGCUAUUACCCACAGCUUAUGGUUGCCCUUUCAAGAUACCAUACGAAUCAAGUUCGAGGUACGCCGCCACCGCGAUCGCCAGCACCCAAAAAAAAAGAGGAAAGGGAAGAGGGAGCCCGUGCGAUUAGAAUCUUCCCCCAGGAAUGGGAAUAACUAGUAACUACGUCACUGAAAACCGACUUUGUCAUCUGUCGAUUCUUCCCGUGGCCACAGCUCCGCCAGCUAGCUUCUACCAGAAUUUGAUCAGGUGUUUCAAUUCAUGAUAGUCCAACAUCUUUGCCCUAACCUAUAGCCUUAUACUCAAUGGAUUUCAGGGGGCCCAACAAUUGCUCCUCUGAUAAUCUUGAUCCUACUGGCGCCAGCAUGGAAGCAAAGCCGAAUUCUCUAGCAUCAUCACCGAGUGCAGGUUCCGAUCGGACAGGCAAAGGCCCUUUCAGCCUACUAUACGAACCCACAGCCUCGGGCUCUUCAAAGAGCAAUUUGAAUGACGCACAAGGCCGCAGACCCAAGUCGCACAAGUCUGAUGCUCCUUCGGAUCAUUGUAACGCUGGGCAAGUUCCAAACUCUUCAACCCGCUCAUCCAGCCGAGCACCCAGAAGGCUAAGUGGGAGCACAGCCGCCAGCUCCAUCAGUGAAGCCGAAGUUUCUGAAAUACCGCAGCUAGGGAGGAUCGGUGUCUGUGCUCUGGAUGUGAAAGCACGCAGCAAACCUAGCCAAAAUAUUCUCACGCGUCUUCAAUCCAAGGGUGGGUUUGAAGUUAUCGUCUUUGGUGAUAAGGUGAUUCUUGAUGAAGCUGUAGAGAAUUGGCCUGUGUGUGAAUACCUGAUAGCAUUCUUUUCUGAUGGAUUCCCAUUGGACAAAGCCAUCGCUUAUGCUAAACUUCGGAAACCGUUUUGCGUCAACGACUUGCCUAUGCAGAAGGUGUUAUGGGACCGGCGGCUCUGUUUGAAAAUACUAGAUCAGAUGAGUGUCCCGACGCCCAAAAGAUUAGAGGUUAACCGAGACGGCGGACCUACGCUGGAAUCCCCAGAAAUUGCCGAGCAUGUAUAUAAACUGACAGGGGUGAAACUUGAGGGUUCCAGCGACGGAACUGGUGGAGGAGCCUCAAGGACAAUGAGCGUGAGAAUGUCUGACGAUGGCGAUGCUCUAAUUGUGGAUGGCAAAGUUUUCAGAAAGCCUUUCGUCGAGAAGCCGGUAAACGGCGAAGACCACAAUAUCCAUAUAUAUUUCCCCAACGACCAACAGUACGGUGGUGGUGGUAGGAGACUUUUCCGAAAGGUCGGGAACAAAAGCUCUGAAUACGACCCCGAUCUUGUUGUUCCAAGAUCGGUGGCAGAGAAAGACACAAGCUACAUUUAUGAACAGUUCCUGAGGGUCGAUAAUUCUGAAGACGUCAAAGCCUACACGGUCGGACCGGAUUUUUGUCACGCAGAGACACGAAAGUCUCCUGUGGUUGACGGACUCGUUCGCCGCAACACCCAUGGCAAGGAGCUCAGGUACAUCACCAAAUUGAGCAAGGAGGAAGCAGCCAUUGCUUCCAAAAUAUCGAAUGGAUUUGGUCAAAGAAUUUGCGGAUUUGACAUGCUCCGUGUGGGAGAGAAAAGCUAUGUGAUUGAUGUAAACGGCUGGAGUUUUGUCAAAGACAAUAAUGAUUAUUACGACAAAUGCGCUAGCAUUUUGAGAGACGCCUUUCUAAAUGAGAAGCGCAAAUGCGAAGGGAUCCUGGAGCCUACUGAUACUCUUCCUUCGGAUUCUGGUCAUCCAUGGAGGCAUUCUAUCUCCCACAGACAUACCCUAAAGACCCUGCUGAAAUCGCCAAGUGCAUCGAAGCUACACGGAAACCAAACAGGUCCUAGAAGUCCUGAUACAGGCUCGUCGGACUCCAUUGCUACGAGGCCAAUAACUUCAUCAUCUGCUGAGAGAAUCGACAAUGGAAACAGCCAUGUAGAUCCUAAUGGGCUAGAGAAACUCGCGAACUCAAGGGCCUAUGCCGCGCAAAAUUCCAAGUCGCCUAUCUUGACAAUGGAUCCGCCUUCCCAAGGGCCACCGCCACCGCCAGCUUCCAAACACUCGUGGAAGCUCAAGGGAAUGGUGGCAGUUAUCAGACACGCAGACCGUACACCCAAACAGAAGUUCAAGUUCACCUUCCACAGCCAGCCUUUCAUCGACUUGCUGAAAGGUCAUCAAGAAGAAGUGGUGAUCAAGGGUGAAGCCGCAUUGGCAAGUGUCUCCCAUGCUGUCAAAGUUGCUAUGGAGCAAAAACUCGAAGACAUGGAAAAACUGAGAUUACUCCGUACAUCUCUAGAGAGAAAAGGUGGCUGGCCAGGGACAAAGGUUCAAAUCAAACCCAUGUUUCGCAAGCGAAAACCGGAAGAACUACGUGGGCAAUCAUCGUCGGCCCUUCCGACAUCACCUACCGAUCCACCCCAAGAAGAGUCUUCUAUACCUAUCCACAACCAGUCUUCCUCAGAAAACGAUCAACUAAGCCGACCUCAGACGCGAAGUGACUCAAUAUCUGGUGCAACUUUCUCGAGAUUCUCUGCUGCAGAAAAUGACUUGAUCCUGGAUAAGCUGCAGCUCGUAAUCAAAUGGGGAGGGGAACCCACACAUGCAGCACGCUAUCAAUCACAGGAUUUGGGGCUUAACAUGCGUGAUGAUCUAAAGUUAAUGAACAAAGAGGCGUUGAAUAAUGUCCGUAUUUACACAAGCUCAGAACGAAGAGUGAGCACGAGUGCUCAAAUUUGGGCUUGCUCUUUUCUCGAUCAAAAGGAACUUCCCGAAAACUUUAUACAAGUACGGAAAGAUCUUUUGGACGACUCCAAUGCUGCAAAAGAUCUCAUGGAUAAGGUCAAGAAGAAGCUAAAGGUGCUUCUGAGAGAAGGAUCCGCGCCCUCGCAAUUUACAUGGCCGAAGGAUAAUAUCCCGGAGCCAUCAAUCGUUCUGGCUACCGUUGUCGAACUGAUGAAAUACCACCGAGAUAUUAUGAGACACAACUUCCGAAAGUUGGAAGGAUCAUCAUCUCUAUCUGCAGCAACGAAUGGUAUAGAUGAUAACAGUACAUUUUCCCCCCAGCCUAACGUGGGAUGCGAGACACCUUUGUCUUCUAUCCAAGGACGGUGGUGUACUGGGGAGGAUCCCAUGCUUUUCAAAGAAAGGUGGGAGAAGCUCUUCGCCGAGUUUUGUGAUACCGAGAAGGUCGACCCCAGUAAGCUUUCUGAGCUCUAUGACAGCAUGAAGUUUGAUGCGCUUCAUAAUCGGCAAUUUCUAGAGUGGGUCUUCAUGCCGCCUGAUAGCGAUGACAGCGAUGAUGAUGAUGAUGAUGAUGAAAAAUAUGGUCAUAGCUUGAAGAAAUCCAAGAGAGAUGAUACCCUCGGAGAUACGGGACUCGGCCAUGACAAAAAUGAAGAGCAUACAGAGGGUUCGCAUUUCGCGCAUCGAUUCGGAUGGAAAAAGCGUAUGCAUGCACUUGAAUUAAUGCCACACUUCAGGGCCCUUGAUGACAGCUAUGACCACUACUUCAAGUUGUAUCCUGGCUCCAGUCCGACGAAGGCCAAAAUAGAUGGGAGACUUUCGAAGUUAAGAGAGCUAUACAAGCUCGCUAAGGUACUCUUUGACUACGUGACCCCACAAGAGUAUGGAAUCACGGACACAGAGAAACUGGAGAUUGGCCUCUUGACCUCCUUGCCGCUCCUUCAGGGUAUCGUCAGAGACCUAGAAGAAGUUCAGGCCUCGCCUGACGCGAGGUCUUUUUUCUAUUUCACUAAGGAAUCCCAUAUCUACACCCUUCUUAACUGCAUCUUGGAAGGAGGCAUCCAGACCAAGAUAGCCAGGACCGCUAUCCCUGAGCUGGACUACUUAUCUCAAAUUUGCUUUGAACUUUACGAAGCCAAGGAUUGUGAAUCGUCGACAAAUUCCUAUUCGAUUCGGAUAUCAAUCAGCCCUGGAUGCCAUGCUUUCGACCCCCUAGAUGUGCAGCUUGACUCCAGACAUGCCAUUGGAUGCGCCCCAAGAAGGAGUUUGACUGCCCAUCAUGAUUGGAAAGAGGUUAUAGAAACUCUGAAGGCAAGAUUUGACACGGUCAAGCUCCCAAAGACAUUCAUUGCGGUGAACCUUAGUGACAAGCACGGAUCAACCUCUUGAUGAGCGUUUCGGCGGGAGUUCCGGAGGAGACCCUAUUCGCCCAUCAUAGAAGAUUAUGGCUAUACAUUGGCUUCUCUGUGUCCCUAUUUCCGGUAUGAGACGGUGGUUUCACGAGUCUGUUUACGAUGCCAAAUACUAUAUCUAUCAC